GAGCUGUAGCUCUUAAGAAUCUUGAAAUAAAGGAAAAUGCACUGUAUCAGUUUGAUGUACCAUUUAAAGUUAAAGCGGGUCACAUUGGUCAGCUGAAUUUGCAGAUUCCAUGGCAAAACCUUUAUAAUCAACCAGUUGAAGCUGUUCUUGAUGGUGUUUACUUGCUUAUAGUGCCUACAGCCAGUAUUAAAUAUGAUGCUGAAAAAGAAGAAAAACAACACUUGGAAGCUAAGCAGAGGGAACUUCAAAGGAUAGAAGAUGCAAAGCAGAAGAUUGCUGAUCAAGAUAAAGCACAAGAGAAACAAGACACUUUCGUAGAAAAGUUAGUAACUCAGGUCAUCAAAAAUCUUCAGCUGAAAAUUUCCAACAUUCAUAUUCGGUAUGAGGAUGAUAUAACCAACAAAGAUAUUCCAUUGUCAUUUGGUGUCUCACUUCAGAAUCUUAGUUUACAGACUUCAGAUCAAAACUGGAAUCCAUGUAUACAAAAUGAAACAGCUAAAUUGUUCUAUAAGCUUGUUCGAUUGGACAACUUUUUUGCAUACUGGAAUGUGAAGUCUGAAAUGUUUUAUCAUGGUGGUUAUAAUGAAUCUUUGGAUAACUUAAAGCAUGGAGUUGCGGGCACUAAUGUGAUUCCAGAAGGCUAUGAUUUUGUAUUCCGUCCAAUUUCAGCUAAAACCAAGCUCCGUAUGAAUCCACGAUCCGAUGUUGACUUUUCUGCACCAAAACUAGAUCUAGAUGUAAAUCUUCAGGAUAUAAUCAUAGAACUUAAUAAACCACAGUAUUUCAGUAUUAUGGAGCUCCUUGAGUCAAUUGAUAUGAUGACUAGAAAUUUGCCGUAUAGGAAGUAUAGACCUAAUGUUCCUGUACACAACAAUGCCAAGCAAUGGUGGAAGUAUGUUAUAUAUGGCAUUCUAGAAGUAAAUGUUCAACCCAAGCUGCAUAUGUGGUCUUGGGAUCAUAUUCGUCACCAUAGAAACAACAUGAAGAACUAUAGAGAUCUGUAUAAAAUAAAAAUAACAACAAAGAAACCUGAUGGGGAGCUUUUGAAGAAGUUGGAGGGAAUGGAGAGGACCCUGGAUAUAUUCAACAUUACCCUUGCAAGGCAACAGGCAGAAGUUCAGGCAGCUAAGGCUGGAUUAAGAAUAUUCAGGCCAGGAGUGAAACAAGAUGAUGAAGAGUCUAAAGGCUGGUUUAGUUGGAUGUGGGGAUGGGCUGGAGGCGGAGGUGGCCAAGAAAAAGUACAAGAACCAAAAGGUCUUGAACAGCUGAUGACUCCGCAGGAGAAGGAUAAACUCUAUGCAGCAAUUGGUUAUAGUGAAACAGCUGCUGAUCCUACACUACCCAAAAUGUAUGAAGCCAUAAAGCUAAAUGUAAAGCUGUUAAGCAUGAAGGUGUCAGUAAGGGAAAACGUGGACAAGCCCGAGCUGAUAAAACUUGCAUUAAUUGAUUUAUGUACAGCGAUAACACAGCGACCUGGUGCUGAAGCAAUAAGAUUUGAAUCAAGUGUAAGUGCAUUUGAAGUACAGGGAAUGGCUCAAGGAAGAGUAAUACCCUGUUUACUGUCUUCUCGAACAGUCCAUUCAGAAAACAAUACUUCACUCUUCACCAUAAUGUUUGAGACCAAUCCUUUAGAUGAGAGUGCAAAUCAGAAGUUAAGAGUAGAAUCGCAGCCUUUGGAAAUAAUAUAUGAUGCUAUGACUGUAAACAGUUUAGUGGAUUUUUUCCGACCCCCUAGUGAUGUUCGUUUGGAGCAACUAACCUCAGCAACUUUGAUGAAAUUGGAAGAAUUUCGUGAGAAGACAGCAACAGGGUUGGUGUACAUUAUAGAAACGCAGAAAGUUCUAGAUUUAAAAAUAAACCUUAUGGCUUCCUAUGUCAUUAUUCCAAAAAAUGGAUUCUAUGAACCAACAUCUGAUAAAUUACUCUUGGAUCUCGGUCACUUAAAGAUGACUAGUAAAAGCCGAUCUAACUUGUUAGAUGUCAAAAUCAAAGCAAGCACUCUUGAAGAAAUUAUGGCUAGAGCAUAUGAUAAAUUUGACAUCCAGCUCAGCAGCAUACAGCUUCUUUAUAGCAAACAUAAUGAAAACUGGGAGGAGGCUCGUAAUUUGCGGUCUUCAUCUCAACAUAUCUUGCAGCCUCUAGAUGUGAAAAUGGAACUGAGCAGAGCAAUGGUUGUAACAGAUGCAAGGAUGCCUAAAUACAAAAUAUCUGGUGAGCUGCCAUUACUCUAUUUCAACAUUUCUGAUGAGAAGCUUAAAUGUAUUCUGAAGCUAAUUGAUAGCAUUCCAAAACCAGAAAGUCCUCCUGACACCACUUCUCCUCCACAAAGUUCCCAGCUACAAGUAUCUUCUCUUCUAACAACACCACAAAUAUCAACUACUUUGUUUCCAGUUUUUGAACUUCAUUCAGUAGCUGGAUCAAGCGAGUCAGAAGAGGAGUACUAUGAUGCUCCAACUAGUCCUGUGGAAGACUUACCAUUUUUUGAAGCACCGUUGGGAUCCUUGAGGAGGACUGGUAGUGUGAAAAAAAAGCCACUAAGGCGAGAAUCCAUGAAGAAUAUGACUGACUUCCAGCUAAGAUUUGAAAUAUCUGAGGUGUCACUUCAGGUGUGUCGUCUUGCUGGAGGUGUCGAAAAGCCAAUCCUUCAUCUAGAGAUUUUAAAAUUAGGCACUGAACUUAAGCUAAGAACAUACGACAUGACUGCUACUGCUUUUCUUAGUGAGAUUUGCUUAAUAUGUCCAGAGUACAAAGAUGAUCAAAACAAGCCACUUUAUAUCAUUACAACACUGGAUAAUUCAACAGAUGAUCUUCUAGCACUUGAAUAUGUAAAGGCGGACAUUAAUGCCCCAGAACUGAAAACUACCUAUAAGAAUGUUCUACAGUUGAUAAAGGUGAAUUUGUCUUCUUUAGAUGUACAUUUACAUACAGAAGCACUCCUGAGUACUAUGAAUUUCUUAAAUAAUCUUCUGCCAAAACAAGAGGCAAGUACAACAGAGAUCAUUCAGGAAAAAGAAGAAAAGAGGGAAGUUCUUAAGAAAUUAACUUCAAAAAAGGCGAAAAAUGAUGAAGUUUGUGAUCUCCAUAUUUGUGCAGACCUGUCCUCUUUGCGUAUAUUUAUACGAGAACAAAAACGCUGGAUAUCUGAAAUUUGUGUUGAAGGUCUUGAGAGCCAAAUGAUGAUGAAGAAAGCAACAACUGAAAUAUCAGCCAAGUUAAAGAAUAUAACUAUCAUGGAUCGUGAUGAGGCAGCCCUGUAUACAAAGGCUCUCUAUAUUACUGGAAAAGAAGUCUUCAGUUUCAGACUAGUGUCUUAUGUGGAUGCUACAGAUGGUGUUGCUUACACCAAUAUGAAUGCUGUUGACAGCCGGGUUUACUUAACAGUUGGCUGUAUUCAAAUUGUUUUUGUCAACAAAUUUGUUUCUGCUGUUUUGGCUUUUGUAAACAAUUUUCAAACGGCAAAGGAAGCAAUUACUGAAGCCACUGUUCAGGCUGCAGAAAAAGCAGCUACUGGUGUGAAGGAACUGGCUCAACAGAGUUCACGAAUGGCCCUGGAUGUCAAUAUUAAAGCACCUGUUGUCAUAAUACCACAGUCAGCAGUAUCUACAGAUGUUCUUGUUGCUGAUUUUGGUUUGAUCACUAUAAAAAAUGAAUUUUCACUUGUUAAAGCUAAAGGUCGAUAUAAUCUUCCACCUGUUCUUGACUGCAUUCAUGUGAAACUGAGUGAACUGAAAUUAUACAGAUCAAGCAUUGUAAGAAACUUACUGCAAAAGGAAGUACAGCUGCUACAACCAUUAAAUCUUGAAGUAACUGUUGAACGCAAUUUAGCUGCUAUCUGGUAUUAUGAAAUUCCUGAUAUUAAAAUAUUUGGACAUCUCAAACCAAUGAAUCUGAUUCUGAGUCAAGAGGAUGUAACCACUAUCUUAAGGACUCUGAAUGAAAAUUUAGGAGAGACUUCUAGCCCUACAGCUCCUGUACCAGAGCUCAAAGAUGCUGGAAGCAGUCACAGUGAAGCAGUCAGUACGUCACAGUAUUCUGGAGGUGGAAUGAAAGUGGUAACAUCUGCUGUGGUGGAAACACGCUCCUCUGUUAAAGUUAAAACAACGCUAAAAUUGGACUUCCAGUUUGAUUCCCUCACUCUAGUUUUGUACAGUCCAAACUCCAAGCAGAGUUCAGUUCUGGAUCAGCGAGAUAAUGCUAUGAAACUUGCCGAAUUCAAAUUGGUGUUAAUAUCAGCUGCUGUCAGAAUGUUGUCAGAUGAGUCAAUGAAUGCUUCUGUCAAGUUAACAAACUGCACUUUAGAUGAUAAACGACAGACAGUUCAGAAGGCUACACCAAGAAUGGUGGAAAUGAAACACGGAUCGGAAAAGAAAGUCAUGGUGGAUAUAAGCUAUAAGCAGGGAAGAGAUGGCACCACAAUUAUUGACACAGUUGUUCAGGAAACAUACCUCUGUGCCAGCAUAGAGUUUUUACUAACUGUUGCAGAUGUGUUUCUAAAGGCAACUGCCGAAAGUGCUGCUGCACAGAGGAACUUCAAGCAACAAACUUUAGCUGUGAAGGAACAAGUUCCUGUACAACCAGCAUCUACGAUGGAAAUAAACGUUGUUGUUAAAAAUCCUGAGAUUGUGUUUGUUGCUGAUUUAACAAGAAGUGAUGCUCCUGCACUGGUGGUUACAGCACAGUGUGAAGUCUCCAUGAAAAAUGGACCUGAGAUGUCUAACAUGACAGCUGCUGUAAAACAUUUAACAAUACAAGCCUGCCCAUUUCUUCCAGAAAUGAGAAAAGACAAUAUUACUACGAUAUUGCAGCCCUGUGACCUCUUCUUCGAAAUGAUGCAGUUAGGUACAGAUCCACAGAAAGCUGAUCUGUCUGUUAAAUCUAUAAUGAUUAAGAUGUCUCCAAUUAUCUUAAAUACAGUGAUCACAAUUACGUCAGCACUUUUCCCAACUAAGGAGACUGAAGAAAAAGACAUCAGUCCUAUACCUCCAGAUAUUUGGGAUCAGAAGGAUAUAAAAAAGUUAAAUAUGUGGUUUCUUGAAGAGUCAGAUGAAAAUAAAACUCCUGUUUCCGUAACUGAAUUGGUCCCUACAGGAGAAACAUUGCAAAUGAGAGUUGAUGCAGUUGUUAUUACUCUUGAAGCUGGUGUUGGCCACAGAACAGUGCCAAUGCUGUUAGCAAAGUCAUCAUUUUCUGGAGAGGUCAGAAACUGGAGUACUCUGAUCCAUAUAGCCUCUCGUCUAGAACUAGAGGUACAAUACUACAAUGAGAUGUUUGGUGUGUGGGAACCCUUGCUUGAACCACUGGAAGUUGAAAACACUGAUGAAUUUAGACCAUGGGUUCUAGGAAUGAAGAUGAAAAAGAAGAACAAAAAAUCUCUGGCUGAAUCAGUUGCUGAAGAAGAACACUACAAAGUGCCAGAGUACAAAACAGUGAUAAAUAUUUACUCUGAAGAUCAGCUGAACAUUACAUUAUCUAAAUGUGGACUGCUGAUGUUGAGUAACCUUGGCACGGCACUUGCUGAAGCAGCUACACAAACUUCAGAAAUCUUUAAGAAAGAUAAGGCACCCUUUGUGUUGAUAAAUUCCUUAGGUGUGUCUGUUGUUGUAUUGCCUAGUGAUUCCUUCAGUGUCCUGAAUGCGGAAUCAAGGACAAAAUCGUUUCAUCUUGACAACGGGCAAAGCCUAAGCAUGGAAUAUAUCAAAACUAAGAAUGAAAAUGACCAGUUCACAGCUAUGACUACCCUGAGCAGCAAAUUAUUCUACAUCUGGCUUACACCUGAAAAUCACUCCAUCACCGAUAAGAUUCCUCUGACAAAAGUGGGACGAAGUCUUUAUAGAGUAAGACAUAAUGACUCGGGUGUUGUAAGAUCUAUUGUUUGUCAAAUUGAUACCAUUGAAGGAAGUAAGACAAUAACAGUACACUCACCUAUUCAGAUAAAGAAUCAUUUUUCAAUUCCCUUUAAUAUAUAUGAAGACGGAAAAUGUUUGGGAACUGCUUUACCAGAGAGUGAAUUUAACAUACCAUUGACUUCUUACAGAUCACUGCUGUUUUUUUCACCAGUACCUGAUGAAAAUGGAAUUUCUGGAGAAUAUGAAUCAAGUGAAGGAGUUAGCUUUGAUGAAAUGGUGAAGAAUUUUGGCAAGUUGUUGCAGAAGAAAUGUCAGUCUGUAAAAUCAGCAAACCAUCCACUUAUUAUCAAUAUUGUACCAGAGCAAGAUACGUUGGUAUCUUCAGCAUGCACAGAUGAUCAUUGGGAUUUACCCUAUGUUGUUCAUUUAUGGCCUUCUGUUCUCCUCCGCAAUCUUCUUCCUUAUCAGAUCACCUAUUCCUUACAGGGACAUACUACAACAUGCAAUAACCUUGAAAGCGGAUGUUCAGCUCAAAUUCAUAAUGCAAUCCUGGAUCAGAGCAAGCUGGAAUUAUAUUUACUUAAUUAUCUUGAUAAGAAAUGGAGCUGCGAGUACCACAUUCGAACAAAUCAACAAGAAAUUAGUUUUGUCACUUUUUCAUGUGUUACUGAUGUAGACAAGACAGAAUUGGAUAUUGCUGUCCAUAUCACCUAUGCUACAGGACAAAUGAUCAUAGCAAUUCAUAGUCCAUACUGGAUGGUAAACAAGACUGGCCGAAUGCUGCAAUACAAAGCUGAUGGCAUUCACCGCAAACAUCCUCCUGACUAUAAGAUGCCGCUUCUUUUUUCUUUUCAACCAAAACACUUCUACCAGAAUAACAAGGUUCAGCUUAUGGUAACAGACAGUGAACUUUCUGAUCACUUUUCUCUUGAUACUGUUGGCAGUCAUGGUUUUGUUAAAUGUAAGCGCCACAAAAAGGAUUUCCAAGUUGGUGUCACUAUAGAUAACAGCAGUUUUAACCUCACUAGGAUAGUGACUUUCACACCUUUUUUUAUGAUCACAAACAGAAGUACACAUAAUUUAGAAGUAGCGGAAGAAGGCACUGAACAAUGGAUUCCGAUAAUUUUACAACAGUGUACUCCUUUUUGGCCUGAAAAUAAUGAAAGUAAAUUGCUUGUUAGAGUAGAACAUUCAGACAUGCCACCAAAAAUUAUACAGCUCAAUAAGCAAGAAAAUUGUUUGCUGUUGCGCUUAGACAACCAGCUUGGAGGCAUCAUAGUGGAUAUUACACUGUCUGAACAUUCUACAUCAAUUGCGUUUAGUGAUUAUCAUGAUGGUGCAGCUCCAUUCCUGAUAAUUAACCAUACUAAAGGAGAAAUGAUUGAAUAUGGACAAAGUUCUCUCUGUGUAAUGGAAGAUUCUCUAGCACCAAAUAAAGCAGUGUUAUACGCAUGGGCUCACCCAGUAGGCUCUAGAAAAUUAAAAUGGAAAUGUGGAAAAGGAAGUGGGGAAGUAACUCAGAAAGAUGACUUGAUGACACCUAUCCAAGCAGGAAGCAAAGAAAUUUAUUUGGUUUCAUUUUUUGAAGGCUUGCAGCGUAUUAUCCUAUUCACAGAAGAUGAAAAGGUUUUCAAACUGGCAUAUGAAAGUGAAAAAGUUGAAUUGGCAGAACAAGAAAUAAUUGUAUCAUUACAGGAUGUUGGGAUUUCUUUAGUAAAUAACUAUUCAAAGCAGGAAGUAGCUUACAUUGGAAUCACAAGUUCUGAUGUAAUUUGGGAAACAAAACCCAAGAAAAAGUUAAGAUGGAAGCCUCUGAGUGUGAAGCAAACUGACAAGCUGGAGAAAGAAUUUAAUGACUACUGUGGCCACUCACCAACGGAAAAUAAAAUAAUCGAGUUGGAUAAUAAUGUUCCGGUCUGUUUGACUCCUACUGGUAAUAAUAUGAAAAUACUCCAGCCAAAUGAAAUCCCUCUGAGAAGAAGUUUUUUACCAGCAUUGAAAGUUCAGUACAGUACAUCUGAACAUCAGUCAUCCUUUAGAGUCCAGAUUUAUAGGAUUCAGAUACAAAACCAGAUUCCUGGAGCCAUAUUUCCCUUUGUGUUUUAUCCUAUUAAACCUCCCAAGUCCAUCACUUUGGAUUCAGAGCCCAAGCCAUUUACUGAUGUCAGUAUUGUUAUGAGAACUGCAGGACAUUCUCAAAUAUCUCGUAUAAAGUAUUUUAAGGUCCUGAUUCAAGAGAUGGAUCUCAGAUUGGAUCUUGGGUUUCUUUAUGCACUGGCUGAUUUUUUUACAUUUUCUGAUGAAGUACCCAAAGACCAAGAGAUAGAACUUUUCAAAAAAGAUGUAGAAGCUGUACAGGAAGAAUUGAAGAAUAUAUCGUCAACUGAUACAUCGCAAAUCAGCUUGUAUGAAUAUUUUCAUAUUUCUCCAAUCAAGUUACAUUUAAGUUUUUCACUGAGUACUGGAAGAGAAGAGAACAACAAGGAAGAGAAACGCAACAACUUGAUUCCAGUUCAGUCCUUAAAUCUCUUGCUAAAGAGUAUUGGGACCACACUCACAGAUGUGCAGGAUGUUGUUCUCAAGUUGGCAUACUUUGAGCUCAACUAUCACUUCUGUACAACACAAGGACUACAAUGGACUGUUAUUAUGCAUUAUUCAAAACAGGCAAUUAAACAAAUGUACGUUCUUAUUCUUGGCCUUGAUGUCUUGGGCAAUCCAUUUGGAUUUAUAAGAGAUUUGUCUGAGGGAGUUGAAGCAUUCUUCUAUGAACCUUACCAGGGAGCCAUCCAAGGUCCAGAAGAAUUUGUAGAAGGAAUGGCACUGGGACUUAAAGCCCUAGUUGGCGGUGCUGUUGGGGGAUUGGCUGGUGCUGCCUCAAGAAUAACUGGUGCUAUGGCUAAAGGUGUAGCAGCAAUAACUAUGGAUGAAGACUAUCAGCAGAAGAGAAGGGAAGCCAUGAAUAGGCAACCUACUGGCCUCAAAGAGGGUAUUACACGUGGAGGAAAAGGCUUGAUGUCUGGAUUUGUUAGUGGAAUAACAGGGAUUGUAACAAAACCAAUAAGAGGAGCCCAGAAAGAAGGUGCAGCAGGCUUUUUCAAAGGUGUUGGCAAAGGUUUAGUGGGAGCAGUGGCAAGACCCACUGGGGGAAUAAUAGACAUGGCUAGCAGCACCCUUCAGGUAAUUAAAAGAGCUACAAAUUCUUCCGAAGAUAUCAUGAGUCUGCGUCCUCCCCGCUUUUUCAAUGAAGAUGGAGUUAUUCGACCAUACAGACUAAGAGAUGGUGCUGGAAGUCAAAUGUUACAGAAUAUUGAAAAUGGAAGAUUUGCAAAACUGAGAUACUUCACACAUGCCAUGAUUAAUAAUACAGAUUUACUGAUGGUAACAAAAAGUGAAAUAUUAUUUGUGACAAAAGGCACAUUUGGACAGUUAACAUGUGAAUGGCAGUAUUCGUAUGAUGAAUUUACCAAAGAGCCAUUCAUUGUUGAUGGACGGAGGUUACGCAUUGAAGCAAAGGAGCGAGUUAAAUCUGUAUUCCAUGCCAAAGAAUUUGGAAAAAUAAUUAAUUUUAGAACGUCAGAAGAUGCCAAGUGGAUCCUGUCUAAGUUGGAAGAAGUAAGAGAGAGCCACAGUCAAUGAUGGCUACCUGUUCAAGAUCCUAAGAUUCACAUAAAAUGGACUGCACAAUUCAAACUACUUUAAUUUCAACUGCUGCUUGGAAUUUGAUGCUGUUUUGAAUACAAAGGUUAUUGGAUUUAGAUGAAUGAUCAAAAAUGAUAUUGAAUCUUCUACAUAAGCAGAGUGAAAAAGGCUGCCUUCGUCAGUGUAAUGCAAACUGUUCUACAGCUGAAAACCUCUGCCAAAUGUUGGCUUACUUAACUUUUAUUUAUAAAAAAAUUCUGUUUAUUCUGCCACAAUCUACAGAGACUAAAGCCUAAAACAAUCUUGUGAUUUUAUGUGGUAAUAAUUUCUGUUUCUAAAAUUUACACUUUAGUUCUGUCCAUUUUCAUUGGGUCUUUAUCUUGCUACCAUUGCCACAUCACACACAAAUAUUUACUGAAAUUCAGUUAAAUUCUUCAGGGAAUGACUGAUUUAACCAGCACUGCUCUUAUACUUCGAAUUACUUUGCUGACCAGUUAACUCAAAAGAAAUCUUUUUAUUUACUACUAUAUAUCAUGAGGUUAUUUAGUUUUUUAUAUAAAUAAACAAUUUGUGGUACUGUAGUAUCAUUUUUAACAUUCACUUUUUAUAUUAUAAAAAAGCGAAGGGUUCUGGUGCCUCAUGAUAGUGGAUGUACACAUACAAAGAUGUGUACUUAUUUUGUGUUUACUUAUGACCUGGGUAGAGAUGUGCCUUUGCAGUAAUGCUUUGAAUGGCAUGGUCUUUACUUUCUCAUGAUCAACAGAGUAACAAAAAUCAUGUUAGGCAGUAUGUUCUGAAAUAGUAUUUUACUCAAAAGUUUCCUUUGGUUAAUAUACUAUUGUAAGCCAAUUGUAAGCUAUGAUAAGUGCAUCAUCUUUAAUAGAAAAUACCAUAGAGAUAAUUAAUUAACACUUGAUUUCAGUUUAAAUGAUAGACGAUUCUUAACAUAUUUUUCAUGCAGACCUGCAAAAAAUCUUAACAAUUACUGGACCUCAU